AUGUCUGAACCCGAAGCACCUGGGUUCACACCCGCCGCUGAGCGAACCAGCAAGGUCACUCUCCAAGAGAGGCAGUCUCAUGUCAAGUAUGAGACGCUGGAACUCUCCACCGAUGAUGAGCCCCUGGUAAAGGGGAACGAGCAAGCCAACCCCAACGGCAAGCGCCACGUUCUCAUCCUCGGCGGCGGCGUGAGUGGUCUCCUGCCGGCCUGGAUGCUGCUCGACAAGGGCUAUCAUGUUACCAUUAUCGCCGAGCACUGGGCUUGGACCCGGGACUUUGACAAGGAAAGGGCUGGCCAGUUCAAGAGCGGCUACACUCACAUGGCUCCCAUCAUCAAUACUGACAAGGCCAUGUCUUAUCUCAUGGCGCUUGUCAAGUCCAAAGGGGCAGUCCUAGAGACGCGACCAUUCAAGGGCCUCAUUAGGGGUUUUGGCGAGAAGCUGCUCGAGGAACACAAGGCCCACGCCAUCAUCAACGCCACCGGCCUGGGAGCGAAGGAGCUGGCCGGUGAUGAUGACGUAUACCCCGUCCGCGGCGCCAUCAGGCGCAUCGGCAACACGCGCAAGGGCGAGUUCCGCCACCUCAACGACGCCUUCCUCGUCCCCGCGCAGAGAGACUUGAACGGAAACCCAACCAAGACCGUUUUCAUCGUCCCGCGCAGCGACGACGUCCUCUACGUCGGCUCGAUCAUCCAGCCCGAGGCCACAGACAAGCUCUCGCAGGACUCGAUCGAGGUCGAGGUCAUGUGGGACCGGGCGGGCGACUUUAUCCCCCGCCUGCGCCAUGCCGGGCCCGUCCCCGGCUUUCCCUUCGCCCAAGGCCUCCGGCCUUUCACCAAGAGGAAUGUCAAGGUGAGGGCCGACGACAACGUUGAAACUAAAUUUCCCCUAGUGCACAACUACGGGCACGGAGGAUCCGGCUGGACACUGGGUGUUGGCACCGCGCGAUGCGCCGUGCACAUUGUCGAGCAGUUCAUGGGGCUCAAUGCCGAAUCCCUCCUGAAGCGCUACGGCACUGGCAGGAACUCUGGUGACGUGCCCGACCCCGCGAUCAAAACCCUCAUCGAGCGGACUGCGGAGGCAAGGGACAACCUCGCAGCACUCGAGAAGGUACUAGAGAACGAUGAGGACAUCCGACUGCUCGACUAUCAGGCCAGCGUCCACAAGAAGGCAGUAGACAUCAACAAGCAGCUGUACGGAGAGGCGCCGGCGGUGGCAGCUCAUUGA